AUGCUGACUAGACUGCUGACGUUAGCAUUGGUGGCGGCGAGCUGGCACGCCACCGACGCCUGCACUUGCUCACUUGACCACCCACAAACACAUUUUUGCAACAGUGAUUUUGUUAUUGUAGGGCGAGUACAAAAAUUAUUUAGAGGCAGUGAUUUCCAUGAUGCUUACAAGGUUAAAAUCCGAAAUGUAUUUAAAGCAACCCCUAAGGCAGCAUUAGCGUUAAAAGCAGGGCGGAUAUUGACGCCCUCAGAAGAUUCCUUAUGCGGCGUCAAGCUUCAGCCUAGAGAGACAUAUGUAAUAACAGGUCGUGUGGUUCACCUGCAAGCCCAUAUACAUCUUUGCGGAUACGUAAAUAAAUGGCGUGAAGUCACACCACGACAACGAAAAGGAUUCAGGCUGCUUUACAAACAAGGCUGCACAUGCAAGGUACACGUGAACAGACGCAGUACAAAAUCUCCAAAUACGUGUGUAACAGGCUACGACGAGUGUUUCGAACGACACGGCAUCUGCCUGCACGACCGCGAACGACGUUGUCGUUGGACCAGGGCCCCCGCCCUCACAAGAUGUCUGCAGAAACAGCACUUCAAUAGCACCAUGACU